AUGCAUGAUAUUGGUGGAAUGCGUUCAAUGGUAAGGGUUUUGUGUAACCAAAAGGAAGGGCUAAGGGUGUGUCAUCUAAAUGCACAAAGCCUAUUGCCUAAGAUUGAUGAGUUUCGAGAUGUUUUUGAGGGUUCUGGUGUCGAGGUAGUUUGUGUCUCAGAAACUUGGCUAUCUGAAAGCAUAAAUGAUAAUAUGUGCUCAUUGAAAGGCUAUCAAAAGCCGUUUAGAUAUGACAGAGCUAACCGCGGAGGGGGUGUUGCAAUAUUUGUUCGUUGUGACAUACAAUGUAAACUCCGUUGCAGCUCAGAACAAGGAAGUGAAAUUGAAUAUCUGUUUAUAGAAAUUGCAGGCGCUCAAAGUAAAAUUCUGGUUGGGUCGGUUUAUAGACCAAACAAUAAUAUAAAUUUUCUGCCGCUUAUGACAUUACUCGAAGUUCUGACUCUAUCAUGUCCUGAUAUAUUAAUAUGUGGCGACUUUAAUAGUAAUUUGCUAACCCAAAACGAUCUGCUGGAUAGCUUACGCACCUUCAGUUUACACCCCGUUAACUCUAUCCUACCUACUCAUUUUUCUAAUACAAGUUCUACUCUUUUAGACCUAUUCUGGGUCGUUACUCAAAGUUUCCAAUUCAGGGAUUUUCGAAAUAUUGAUAUUGAAGCGUUAGAGGUAAAUGCUAGAAACAUAAAUUGGGAUACCAUCUUUAACCUGCCCUCGUCAGAUCUUCAAGUCGAUUUUCUCAACAAAAAUGUUAAGAGGUUAUAUGAUAACUUUGUUCAGGUACGAUCAAAAGUCGUAGAAGCGGCAAAUCAACCUUGGUUAACGUUGUAUAUCCGUUCCCUUAUGAUAAAGCGCGAUCUUGCAUAUAAGGUUUGGGUACGAUAUCGACUAUUAGAACUAAGGCGCACUUACUGCUCGCUACGUAACAAGGUGGUAACCGAAAUAAGAAAUGCCAAAAGGCGUAGUUUUUCAAAUUACAUAAGCCAUUCACAAGGAGGUCGAAAAUUAUGGGCAAGUCUGCGAAACUUUGGUUUAUGCAAGAGUAAAUUGUGCCUCAGCUCUGAAAUAGAUAAAAAUAUGCUGAACGAAAGAUUUGUUAGUUCUUCUGUUGAAACCUCAAGUGCUUCAAAUUCUCAUUACCAUGAAGUUGCUGGGCCUGCGUCAAUAGAACCAAUUGCCAUCUCUGGUUUCGGUUUUUCCUCCGUCGAAUCUGCCGAUGUUGUUGAAUCAAUUCUCUCAAUUAAAUCAAAAGCCGUUGGCAUUGACGAUAUACAUCCAUCAUUUCUCAAAAUUUUACUGCCUAUUCUUCUACCAUACUUAACCAAUAUUUUUAACUUCAUCAUCAUGUCUGGUCACUAUCCUAUGCAAUGGAAGCUAGCAAAAAUCUUACCUAUACCAAAGAAUUCCAAAGGGAUAGAGUUCAGGCCAAUUGCUAUUUUGUCCUUUUUGUCUAAAGUCUUUGAAAGACUCAUUCAAAAACAAUUAAAUAAUUUUCUUAAUGCCAACAAUCUAAUUACUCCUAUGCAAUCUGGUUUCCGGAAGAAACAUAGUUAUAUCACUGCCCUAAUCAAUGUUAUUGAAGACUUGAGGAUGUCAAUGGAUAAAGAUCAUGUGCCAUUUUUAGUCCUCAUAGACUUUUAG